UUCUGGAAAUCUUCCAUUCUUCCAGAGUCUGUGGUUCUGCUAUCUCUGCAAUGUUAAAGUACAACAGUAUUACAUGAAAUAAGGUAAAAAUGUCUGCAGUAUGCAACUUCCUUGUGCUCCACACUGGUCAGAAGAUGCCUCUCAUAGGACUGGGAACUUGGAAAAGUGACCCUGGCCAAGUGAAAGAAGCAGUGAAAUAUGCCCUAAGCGUGGGCUAUCGCCACAUUGACUGUGCGGCAGCUUACAGCAAUGAAGCAGAGAUAGGUGAGGCUUUCCAGGAAUGCGUUGGGCCCAACAAGGUUAUUAAGAGAGAGGACUUAUUUGUAACAUCAAAGCUCUGGAAUACCAAGCACCAUCCAGAAGACGUGGAGCCAGCGCUGAGGAAAACACUUGGAGAUUUGAAGCUGGCUUACCUGGACCUGUACCUCAUGCACUGGCCUCAUGCCUUUGAACGAGGGGACAAUCUCUUCCCAAAGAAUCCUGAUGGCAUGAUACGUUAUGAUUACACUGAUUACAAGGAUACCUGGAAGGCUAUGGAAAAGCUGGUAGAAAAAGGCCUUGUGAAAGCCAUUGGGCUGUCAAACUUCAACAGCCGUCAGAUUGAUGAUGUACUUGGUGUGGCCACUGUCAAACCAAGCGUGCUCCAGGUAGAAUGUCAUCCUUACCUAGCUCAGAAUGAGCUGAUAGCUCACUGCCAGAAGCGAGGACUGGUUGUCACUGCCUACAGUCCACUUGGCUCUCCAGAUCGAUCAUGGAAACAUCCAGAUGAGCCUGUGCUUCUAGAAGAACCUGGAAUCAAAAAACUGGCAGAAAAAUACAGCAAGUCACCUGCCCAGAUCAUCCUCAGGUGGCAAGUGCAGCGUAAAGUUGUUGCCAUUCCCAAGAGUGUCACCCCUGCUCGCAUUCUGCAGAAUCUCCAGGUGUUUGAUUUCAGUCUCACAGAAGAGGAGAUGAGCCACAUUGGGAGCCUGAAUAAAAAUUGGCGUUACAUUGUGCCAAUGGUUACGAUAAAUGGAAAGCUGGUAGCAAGAGAUGCUGGACACCCCCAUUACCCCUUCAAUGACCCCUAUUAACUACUAGAAAAUAAGGUGUUAGAAUAACAUAUUCCUUGCAUGCUCUUCCACAAGUAAUUGUUGCCACGAUUUAUCAAAAAUCCUGUCCAAAUAAAGUCUUCCUCUCUGAGCAGGAGGCCUGAGAAGGUUUACUUAUAUACUGCUUUUAAUUGACCUCCUUUCUGGAGAUAUUAGAGCUUCCAUGUCAGAGUUUGUGGGAUUUAUUACAAUGACUGCAAGCUUGCUCCUGGAAGCACUGAAUGUGUUGUGGAUUAGAUAAAGAUUGGAGGAGUCCAAAUCAAGCUCCAGACACUUUGUAAUUGGGCUAGGGCAAUAGUUGGGAUUUACUGCUUAUAAAAUGGUUUUGAAUUCUUUAAUUAUUACCAUGAGAGGGCGGGAAAAAAAGAGGGGAAUGGAGAAUGCAGUAGCAUGAAAGCAUGUUCUGAUUAAACUGCUCAGUUAUUGACUUCGAUUAUCUUUAUUAAUGUUUUUAUAUGGGGAACAAAGUGAAAGUGCUAUGGUUGCACUGUGUGCGUAAAGCAUUCCUUACAGCCCAAAUAACCAGCCACAUCCAGUGCAUUUUGUUCCCUUUAGAGUACUUGUGAGACUUAAAAGAAAGAAAACAGAGAUCUUAAGUUUCAUGUUGAUUUGAGGGAAAUAAAUGCAUAUCCUGGAGCAGGCCUUCAGUGCAAUCUUGUUGCUUGUCCCAUGGAUUGUUUAGCUCAAGCAAUAGUCCCAUCCCCAAAGCAUCAAUAACUUUGUUAGCAAGUCUUAGAGAAAUCCCUCCUGCCUUACCCAUAAUGUUGUCCAGUGUGUCUUUACCAAAGAUGUCCAGUUUGAGUUUUGGAAGAUCACAGAAUUAGUUCCUGAGUAUACAGUACGAGCAGACGUGUUAGAAGGCCCAUUCUAUUUUAAUGCCUCCUUUUAAACUACUGUCCGAGCUGGGACUUGGGCGAGCUGGUCCUGUCCUACAUUUCACCACUGAUCUGCUGGUGACACUGGACGAGUCGUUUGCCUUUUCCAUACCUCUGUUUUCCAGCUUACCAUGUCUCUGUGUUACUCUGAGGCAGGGACUAAUUUACUGAGUGCUGAUAUACCAUUGAGCACUACUGGACCUCUAGCAUUAACAACAUAUUGUUUUAAUCUCUUAUUAAUGAUUUGUCCAGCCAUCUGAGUAUAAAAGGGCAUAAGGUGUUAAUACCUAACUGCAUUCUGAUAGUUCUUUGUGGCCUUACCAAUGUUUAACUUUUUGACUUUCUCUACCUGUAAAAUAGGAUUAAUGGUUAUUUGCCUUGAUGCAGAAAUUAAAAGGCACAGUUUCUAACAGCUUAUCAGAAUAAUAAAAAAAGGAAUUCUUUCAGAGCCAUUGAUGCCAUUUGGAGAAUGUCAUAGGCAAGAGUUCUGGUUAACUGCUGGAUAAAGAAAGCUUAACUAAAUGUAAGUGAAAUAAAGAGUACCUUUUUUUUCCCCGUAGUAACAACCCUUUGUAUUCAAGUAGUUCAAAAACUUAAAUAUGUGUUAUUUUAGUUUUGCUAACUUCAUUUCAUUUGUAGUAGGCCUAUAUUAAAACUGUAUAUUCAUCUCAAGCAUAAUGCAGGCCAAUGUCUCCUCAAGUGUUUUCUGCCAUGAGCUGCACAGCAUGCAGCUGAACUAAACCAAAUCUCUUUAUUUAAAGAUUACAAAAUUGAUAAAGAAUUUAUCUGUCCCUCAAUAAAGUUCAUCAGUGCAGUCUACUGCUGAACUUACUUGAGUGCAGAAAACUAUUACAAUUCAGUUGGGAUUCUUUACUAGACUGGAUGUUUUUUCUAAGGGAAAUAAAAUCAGUGUUGGUUGUUCAUUAUUCUGAUCAAAUGUGGAUGACUUUUGAAUAUGGUUCUUGCUUUAAAUCAGUAAGCAAGCAAUUUUACUUUGAAGAUGCUAUGUGGAAUGCUAGCAGCAGUCAUCCUGUCGAGAAAAAUGGCUUUUGUCACUUGUGUUUCCACUUGUAUGUUUGCACGCUUUAAAUAAAUACUGUAUUCAGUGUA